CUGAUCCACACAAGAGGACCUUAGCUACUCUUAACCCAUGGAGAGAUCGUCGUCCCCUUCAAAGGUUCUCCUCGUCUUCCUCCUGCAGUUCCUCCUGCUCUCUGAACCUCAGGAAGCAAGGAUACUAGGUGAUGCAUACGACUACAAGAACCUGCUCGCGUCGGGUGUCGAUGGAGAUGCCGCAGCGCUGCCCGCAUCACACCUGAACCUCGCCGACGUUGCAGGGAACAGGCGUCCUUUUGCGCCGCCAGCGCCGAAGGUGCCCCCACCACCACACCAUCUCCACGGAGAUGGCGCGCAUGAGCAGCAUAGGUCUCCGCCGGCGUCGACCUCCACUGAACCUGCACCACCGCGUGAUUACAGUCGCCAACAGGCUGAAGCUGCAGGACACCAACCGAUGAUGGAUGUAUCUCGCGCGUUUCUCCAAGCGAUCAUGGGAUAUGUGACGAAAAUGUAACAAACCACGCCCGCAUAUGGCCUUUUUUUGUGAUGAAUCUCGUUGAAAUUGUAUCGUUUUGUGUAAAUUUUUCGCAUUUUGAAAUAGAGCACACAAGCUUUCAGCUCAAACCCCUGCUGAAGUCAUCGUUUCCUGUGCCGCUACUUUUUGUAAAUCUCAGUGAACUGUAAAUUAUAGCCCGCAAAAAAAAACUGUAAACUAGUGGAAAGUGUUGGU